AUGCGACGCAUAUCGAGCAGUCUGCCGCGGUUCGCAUCCAAUUCUCACUAUGCCGAGAAGGAAAAGCUCCAGCGUGGGCGGUGGUCUCUACAGAGCGUUCCUAUCCUUGGAAGAUUAAAGAACAUUGCUGCGCGCAUGGGCAGGAAGAUGAAGAUAAGGCUGCUGAUCGGCUUUCUAAUACUGUUCUGCAUUUGGGUGUUUUACAAUUCUCCCCUCGUAUAUCACUGGCGACGAACAGCGUGGCUCGGUGGGGGACAGAAGUACGUGAUUAUUUUGGCCGCCAAUGUCGGUGGAGGCGUAAUGGAAUGGAAGGGCGCACGAGAGUGGGCUAUCGAGAGAGACAGCGUUCGGAACAAGAAAAAGUACGUGGCUCGGUGGGGAUACGAACUUGAGAUCGUGGACAUGAGCACCAAGAAGCGCUACGCUCACGAGUGGCGCGAGAGCUGGGAGAAAGUCGACUUCAUCCGAAUGUGUCUCCGGAAAUAUCCCAAGGCCGAAUGGAUCUGGUGGCUCGACCUCAACACAUUCAUCAUGGAGCCGGGGUACUCGCUGCAAGACCAUAUUUUCAACAACCUCGAAAAACAUGUUUACCGGGAUAUCAAUGAGUAUAAUCCAUUGAACAUCACACACCCCUUCACCGAGCCUUAUCUCGAUGAUGAAGCACGAAGCCCCGUUGGUGACGGUGACGUUAACUCAGUCAACCUCAUUCUUCCACAAGACUGCUCGGGAUUCAACCUGGGAUCCUUCUUCAUGCGCCGUAGUACUUGGACGGAUCGACUACUUGAUGUAUGGUGGGAUCCUGUUGCCUACGAGCAGAAGCACAUGGACUGGGCACACAAAGAGCAGGAUGCACUUGAGCAGCUUUACAAAGCCCAGCCUUGGAUCCGAAGUCAUACCGGAUUUCUUCCCCAGCGGAUGAUCAACAGCUUUCCACCCGGAGCAUGCUCCGAUAAUGGCAACGAUACCCGCAUACACUACGACCAGAAAGACCGCGACUUUUUGGUCAACAUGGCUGGUUGUGAGUGGGGCCGAGACUGCUGGGGAGAAAUGUACAACUACCGAGAGUUGAGCUAUUACCUCAACCGGAGUUGGUGGGAGCGCUUCAAGGAAGACUUCCUGGCUCUCAUCUGGUUCAAGAUUACCGGCCAGAAGGUGAAGUUUUGA